UUUGCGCCUCACUCCCUUCAGCCUUCUUUUUCCCACGGUCUUCUAGUUGCCUACAAACUGCGGAGGCACCAGUAGCUAAGGCUGCUACCUAACUCUCAGCCAUGGCUUCAAACGAAGAUUUCUACGUCACACAAGACUCGGAGGUCCCGGUAGAUCUCAAGGACAUCAAUGUGGAGCCCCUUCCUAUGGAGGACAUUCCGAUGGAAAGCAUUCAGUACGAGGAUCUUGCUGGCAGUUGGGUCCACGGUGGCCACAACCACCCGCCUCUGCUCACGGUGCAGCCGCUCUUCGGGAACAUGGGCUAUGGCGACCACGACCAGGAAAUGAUCAUGGUGCAGACACAAGAGGAAGUGGUGAACUACUGCAGUUCAGGCAGCGUGCCAGGCAAUGAUACCGAGGACCAGUUGGUCAUGCCGGAUAGCAGUGAAGAUGAGCACUUCCAGCAGACCCUGGCCUCUCUGGCAGCCUCGGCGGCAUCGACAUCAACACAGAGCCGCAGCAGAAAGCGCAGCAGAAAGCCCAGCCAAAAGGCCAGCAACAGCGGUGCCACCAGCACUGAGGCCAAGCCGGCAGACAGCAGCCCCAACGAGGGUAACAAGAAGUGGGGGCAGAAGCAAAUGCAGAUCACGACGCUCGGGGGUGAGUUUUCCGUGACUAUGUGGUCCCCUAGUGAUAACAAUGACAAAGGGAGAGUGGGUGAAGGCCGGGCUGAUAACUCACCUGAUUAUUCCGAGUACUUGAAAGGGAAAAAACUUCCUCCUGAAGGAUUACCAGGAAUCGAUCUCUCAGAUCCCAAACAGCUGGCAGAAUUUACUAAAAUGAAGCCCAAAAGGUCCAAAGAAGAACCUCCCAAAACAGUCCCUUGCGCUCAUAUUGGCUGCGAAAAGAUGUUCAGGGAUUACGGCGCCAUGAGGAAACAUCUCCACAUCCACGGGCCCAGAGUCCACGUAUGUGCAGAAUGUGGCAAAGCUUUUAUUGAGAGCUCAAAGCUGAAACGACAUCAGCUGGUUCACACGGGCGAGAAACCCUUUCAGUGCACGUUCGAAGGUUGCGGGAAACGCUUUUCCCUUGAUUUCAAUUUGCGCACCCAUGUGCGCAUCCACACCGGCGACAAGCCCUUCGUGUGCCCUUUCGAUAUUUGCAAUAGGAGAUUCGCCCAGUCGACCAACCUGAAAACGCAUAUGUUAACGCAUGUGAAGAACAAAAACAGCCAUCCCCUUUUCAAUCAGCUGAAUGGGCGACUCUGCCUUCCCGGAGCUCCAAACGCCAACCAAAAGGGCACCCAGUCCCGCACACUCUGCACUGAGAACCGCUGCGCCGGGACACCGGCAAAACAGCCAUGCCGGCCAAAAGAGUCGCGCUGUCCCUUAGACACUAACUGCUAUGAUGGUAUCAAAUCUUCUAUUCAGACAUUAGGAAGAGGAAAAUUACCAUACAAACGGCUAGAUGGGUCAACCGAAUGCUGUAAUAAUCACAGCCUCACAGAUGUGUGCUUCUCCUACAGAAAUAAUUUUAAUAAGCGUUUGCAUACUUGUCUUCCUGCCCGGAAAGCAGUUGAAGCAACCCAAGUUUGUAGAACCAACAAAGACUGUGAAAAAAGCUCAAGUUCAAAUUUCUGUAUAAUACCUUCUUUGGAAACUCACACUCGCUUAAUAAAAGUGAAACACCCACCUCAAAUUGAUAUGUUAUACGUAGGACAUCCUCUGCAUCUUCACUACACAGUGAGCAUCACCAGUUUUAUCCCACGUUUCAACUUUCUAAGCAUAGAUCUGCCAGUGGUUGUGGAGACAUUUGUCAAAUACCUGAUUUCCCUCUCAGGAGCUCUGGCUAUUGUUAAUGCAGUACCCUGCUUUGCUUUGGAUGGACAAUGGAUUUUAAACUCUUUCCUGGAUGCCACCCUUACCUCAGUGAUUGGAGACAAUGAUGUCAAAGAUCUAAUAGGGUUUUUCAUCUUGCUGGGUGGCAGUGUACUUUUGGCUGCCAAUGUGACCCUGGGACUCUGGAUGGUUACAGCACGGUAAUGUUUGCACUCAUAUGGCAGAAACCCUGAAUUACAGUAUACAGCUAUGUGGUAAUAUCCAUUGCCAUUGAAAUUCUUGGUAUGAAAUAUAAAGUGUUUCCUUAAAAUUACAUCCUUGCCAACAACCCUGAGCUCCUCCCAUAUCCAGAGUACCCAAACUCUGCAGUAGAAGAUAAGCAGAAGAAAUGAAAGGCAUAGUCCCUGACUACAUUCUAAUUUAGAGACUGAAUGUACCCAGUUGCUUGUGGAAUAAUAUCUUAACAGGUGCAAAUUCAUGCAAUACCAUUUCGUGUGAUUACAUAUUGUGUUGAAAUAGUAUAAAGGAGAAUAGAACUGGGUGCAAUUAAUAGGGAAACACUUCUUACAAAAACAUCGUUAAUCAAAAUCUGAAGGAGAUUAGACUUUGGCCAAGUGGAAGGAUGACCAUUUUCUUGGCCUGAAUCUCUUGUCCUUUGUCUUGUUUGAAAAGUAUUUUAAAAUUUAAUGGUGUAUUAUUUUGUGCUCUGAAAGCUGAGGUCUGAUUAUAAUUAGUAAAAUUCUAUAGAAGAGUCUGCUGAUGUGAAAGGGAAAAAUCUUUGUUAAAUGAUACCAAAUAAAUGAACAAAAUAGGAAGUAAGACCUAUGA